GAUGUUCUCCACCCUUCCCUUCCUCCUCUCGGCCGGGUUGGUGUGUCUUCCUUCCGGCUUGCCGAAGAAAGUUGAGGGAGGUUCAGCGGCUACUGGGCUUUAACAUAAUGGACAGCCAGGGAAGGAAAGUGGUGGUCUGUGACAAUGGCACCGGGUUUGUCAAGUGCGGCUAUGCAGGCUCCAACUUCCCAGAGCACAUCUUCCCUGCGCUCGUUGGGAGGCCCAUCAUCCGCUCCACAGCCAAAGUCGGGAACAUUGAGAUCAAGGACCUGAUGGUGGGGGACGAGGCCAGCGAGCUGCGCUCCAUGCUGGAGGUCAACUACCCAAUGGAAAACGGCAUUGUCAGGAACUGGGAUGACAUGAAGCACCUGUGGGACUACACCUUCGGCCCCGAGAAGCUCAACAUCGAGUCCCGAAACUGCAAGAUCCUGCUGACCGAACCCCCCAUGAACCCCACCAAGAACCGGGAAAAAAUCAUUGAGGUGAUGUUUGAGACCUACCAGUUCUCAGGAGUCUACAUUGCUAUCCAAGCUGUGCUGACACUCUAUGCCCAAGGCCUUCUGACCGGUGUGGUGGUGGACUCGGGUGACGGCGUGACUCACAUCUGUCCCGUGUAUGAGGGCUUCAGCCUCCCCCAUCUGACGAGACGUCUGGACAUCGCAGGCAGGGACAUCACCCGCUACCUCAUCAAGUUGUUGUUGCUGAGGGGAUAUGCCUUCAACCACUCUGCAGACUUUGAGACGGUGCGCAUGAUGAAGGAGAAGCUGUGCUACGUCGGCUACAACAUCGAGCAGGAGCAGAAGCUGGCGCUGGAGACCACCGUGCUGGUGGAGUCAUACACGCUGCCAGAUGGUCGUUUGAUCAAGGUGGGAGGAGAGCGCUUUGAGGCCCCCGAGGCUCUGUUCCAGCCGCACCUCAUCAACGUGGAGGGUGUCGGAGUGGCCGAGCUGCUCUUCAACACCAUCCAGGCCGCCGACAUAGACACCAGGUCUGAGUUCUACAAACACAUCGUGUUGUCGGGCGGAUCCACCAUGUACCCCGGCCUGCCAUCCCGGCUGGAGAGGGAGCUGAAGCAGCUGUACCUGGAGCGCGUCCUCAAGGGAGACGUGGACAAGCUUUCGAAAUUCAAGAUCCGCAUCGAGGAUCCUCCCAGGCGAAAGCACAUGGUGUUCCUGGGUGGAGCCGUGCUGGCCGACAUCAUGAAGGACAAGGACAACUUCUGGCUGACCCGGGAGGAGUACGAGGAAAAGGGAGUCCGCGUGCUGGAAAAACUCGGAGUCACCGUCAGAUAAAGCUCUGAACGGACACACUUAUACAAACACACACACACAUGACACAUCAACAAACAUGACACACACACACACACACACGUCCCCCUCGCCCACAUCGCAGAGAAUAUAUCUAUUUAUCCCUUUUCUCCUCUAUCGGCUCGCCUCAAACAUCAGAGGUAAUCGAGUCUCCUCCACCUCCUCCUCUCUCACCUGUUCCUCUCUCUCUCUCCUGGUUUGGGAUUGGCUCACAGUUUUCCUCGCAAGCCCCGACAACCUGAUCCAUCUUUUACAGAUUCACACUGACACCCCACCUUUACCUAAACUAGAAAUGAAAACGGUUAAUGUUUAGCCGGUGCAGAACCUGCUAGUUUGUACAAUUUGACAGGUAAACACACCAGCUGCUGCAGUGAGUGUUAAAGAAAGGCUAGUUUCCUCCUCUGAUUAAACCUCUAAGGGUUAAUUGAUGCAAAGUUUCUGUAAAGCGUCUGUAAUAUCACAAUCAGGGUCCACCACAAACAGCCACAGGCCGCUUUCAGCUUCUGUUCCAGGCGAGCGAUCACAUUUUUAUGUCUGUUUUUUAUAAAAGAUAUCAUGACUUCUUCCUCUCUCUUCCGGGAGAGGGAUCACAGUUUUCUGCUUUUUCUGAGUUCAAUUUAUAUCUUUUUUUCAUUUGCUUUUUUUGUGUUGCUGUGCACUACUACCAUUGUAAAUGGAGUGUAUUGUGGUAACAGAAGUUCCUCCAUGUUUUUAUGAAGAAUUGAUGGUUGAUUUAUAAAGGGAUGAAUACACAGGAGGAAAGCCCUUGAGCUUCGGGUGUUUGAAGGUACUUUGGGGUAUGUGGGCGAGGGUUAGUGAUAUUUGUUCCUCAUCAGACAGCCUCACCAUCGCCUCCUCUUGCUAUAAAUCUCGAGCUGAAUGAUCAGGUGUGAGCAGGUGUAGUACAUAUAGCACCUCACCUGUAGUGUCGCUCUUCAGAUCACCUCAGCGCAGAGGCAGCUUGACGAUGAAAUCGGUUUUAAUUUGGGCACAGGGCACCGCAAACCUGGGAAUAGUAAAACGGUAUUUUAUCGACGUUGAAAUACUGUUGAGACCAUCGUAAAGCCCUCCAGUAUUUCACUCCCAAUGGUCGAAUAAAUGAUUACUGGAGGCACUUCUAUUUUGUUCUAAAAUGUGUAUAUUUUUUCCUCUUUCCAUGAACGUCUAUCCAGUGCCAAGUGCAGUUAAUGUUAACUGGAUCUGUUUUAAUGUCUUUCUUUUGUCACUGUUUUUAUUUUCCUUUUGUUGUUCAUAGCAUAACUGCCUAACGCUGAUUUAAAUAAAGAAAAGUGAUUUAUAAGGA